AUGCCUUCAGAACAACCGGCACCGCGUGAACCGAUCCUCCAACGUCUAUCCGCUCUCUACCAAUAUCACAAUGCUCCGGAAGUCGCUCCGGCUCACGGUUUGGAAUACGAUGACAACCACUACCCUCACUCCGAUAAAUACCCUGUCCUGCGAGAAAUGUCAAUCGUCUCCAAGCAAGGCAGAUAUGCCUUCGAAGGACAGCCCUCGAAACCUCCGCGGAUCAUCUUUGGAAUGAAAAUCCGAACCUUCUUGAUCGUUGCGGGGAUCAUGCUGGUCGUGAUCGUUGGAGCCGCGGUGGGAGGAGGUGUAGGAGGACAACACAUUCAGAAUGGGGAAUCAAAUCCGGGCGCCGCUCCGACACCAACCUCCUCGUCACACCCGACCGCUACGACCGCUGCAGCAUCAAUAUACUCUGCUCCGGUCCCGACCUACACCCCACUCUCCGACUGCCCGGCAUCAAACAACACCCGUUACGUCUCAGCCCUGGCGGCCGACGUCAAACAACCACAGUCAGGCUUCGACUUCACUCGUUACUGCAGCAAAGUCAGCCCGUUGACAACCACAUACGGCUCGUCAAACAUCACACAGGCCUUCGUCUAUAGCUUCGCCGAUUGCAUCGAAGUCUGCGCCGGUUACAACUCCUUGCACAGCGACACACCCUGCACCGUCGCCGUGUAUCAACCAGCCGCCAGCCGACCGGUCAACUGCUGGGUCGGAAAUGCGGGCAGCAACAUUACCGUAUCGACGCUCGCUUCGUCUGACAAUGUCGAUAUCGCAGUCUUGAGCCAAAAGCGAUGA